ACCAUCAGAACGUGUUACCAUGGAAACACCUUGUCUCAGACAACUGAGCUCGACUUAGCAGAGUUGUUUGAUGUAGUUUUUUGGUAUUAAAUCAGCAAUGGAGACGCCUGAUAAGACGGAAGAGGCUGUUGUAAGCAUAAACAUUUCCGUAAAGCAGGGACAGAACGUGCAUGGACGGAAGGCAGGCAGUUUUCAGAGCUUUCUGCAGGCUGCAUUCAAUGGAGAGGUUCUGGGAGAGUCGGAGAAGAAGCCAGGCGACCCUGAAGGGCAUCCAGUGGACUACAAUUUUACUUUCCUCCUACAACUCCCGAAUGACGCUCGGACUCGGAGCGACGUUGCCCAAAAACCAGUCAUGAUCACAGUUCUGGAGCUCCUUCCUGAGGAGAAGAAGUCUAAGAUAAAUACUGUGGCGCUGGGUCAAGCAGCAUUAGGACUGAUGCCACUUCUGCAAGGUCAGAGCAGUUUCUCCUCCAUUCUUCCGGUCAAUCCAGUGAACAGCUCCUCUGUCAGAGACUCCCAGCUGGGCUUCAGUCACAAGCAGCCGAGCCUGGACGUAUGUGUGAGUGUAGCUGAUCCACUGCUAUCCGAGGAUGAACUGUCUUCCUCCAAUUUCCUGAAAAUAACUUUGGAUGCAGUCUAUUCUGUCCCUGAGUCCUGGGUUCCUGUUCCCACUCCUGUCACAUAUGCUGCUGCUCUGGAAGUCCCUCUCACUGCAGAGCAAGAUCAAGUGGUGAUGUUCUCUGAAGGGCAACUCAAACCAGGAGGAGACGACGAUAAAAAGAAACUGAUGAACCAUCAGAGUGUGUCUAAAAGCUACCUCCAGCAUGAUGUCCAGUUAGAGCAACCAGAAAAAGAUGAAGAACCAACCAGUAAAGAGGAUCAAGUGUUUUGCCAUGAGGCUGAAAGCACAAAGAGCAGAGUGAGCUGGGACUCUGAGAUCUGCUGCUUUCUGGAUGCAGGAGGAGCGUCCAGGCUACAACAGAAGAUUAUUGAGAGCAGACUGUGGCCAGUGGAAGUCAUGAGGUCAACUUCUCCAUUAGCAAAGCUGGGGAGUGACAACUCAGAAAUACCUUUCCAUGGCGUGGCUUAUGUGGACUUCGGACCGCUGCUGUAUCCUGGAGUCAGUAGUAUCAGAGGAGCAUACGCCAUUCAGGCCUUCUCUGAAGCUGAGCUGCUAAAUCAGGCCAAGAGGAGUGUAAGUGUGUUGAAGGAGCAAGCUAAAGCAGCAGCCAAUCAGGCCAGAUCCCGUGCCAACUCGGCUGCUGGAACACAAAAAAGAACUGGGAAGAACUUUGAUGGGAACUACAUAGCAGCCAAGGAUCCCAAAGAGCCCGCCAAAAAGCAACCUUCGGGCAGCAACAGAAUGGCACCAAAUGACACUGCCACCAGUCUGGCUGAGAAUGAACCACAACUCAACGUGGAAGCAAAUAUGUACUUGGAGGCCAAAUCCUUCAUUGUCAUUAAAAUAGCCUUGGACAAACCACUGGUGGCACAAAUAUCUCCAGAAGAAGUGGCCAGAAGGUUGAAGGCACUAAUCCCUCCCAGACCUCUGCCACCAGAGGGUCCAAACAGAGCAGAAAAAGCAGUUCUAGAAUUCCAUAAACAAGUUGGUGAUGCAGUAGAUGUGAUAUCCCAGCAGUAUAACGAACUGUUCGGAGCGUCUCGUGAGCUGCCACAAAACGAAAGCCAGGAACAAAUGUUGAAGCAGCUGAUGGGAGCUCUCAAUGUUUCUGGAAGAUACUUUUCCUUCCAUGAGAAGUUCAAGCAUGCCAUUGUAAGGAUUGUUCGAGAUAAGUUGCGGCAGACAGAUACUUUCAGUGACCCUCAGGAGUCACAAGAAUUUGUCAGCCAGCUUUAUGUUUACUUGGUGGAUGAGACGCGUGUAGCUCUUAGCAAAAUUUAUUGCAGUGAUGUUGUUGAGGACUGCCCUGAGGAAAUCUCCUUACAUUCUUCCCAGCUCCUACAUUUUGCCAAAGAAGCACAACUAACUGGGAAUUAUCAAUUGGCUGCUCAGUAUUAUGAAGAGCUCGUGGUAAGGCACACCCACGAUGCGUCCUAUAAGUUUGGGUGGGGUAGUCUGUUCAUGCUGACCAAAGACUACAUAAAGGCAAAAGAAUGUUUCUAUGAUGCCGUAGCAACCAACCAAGCGCACCAACCCAGCUUGAUGAUGUUGGGAGUCUUGGCUUUGAUGUUUGAGCGUUACACAGAAGCCCAGACCUUCCUGGAACGAGCCGCCACCACUGAUCCGCCAAGUGUACCCGCAUGGACGCUGUUAGGUUUGCUCCAUGAGAGCCAGAAUGAACCGAUCCUGGGAGAGUGGGCUUUUAUUGAGGCCAAAAAGCUGCUGAGAGGAGAUGAAGCAAAGAGCAAAGGACCCAAAGAAAGAGAAAAAGACACAGAGGAGCAAAACAAGACAGAAACAGAUCAGCAGGGGGAAAAGGGGGCUGUGCCCUUGCAGCCUGCUACUGUGGAAGCCGCAGAGACUUUAGACCUGCAGGACUCAGAGGGCUGGGAUGAGCCUCCAGCUCAGCUUGACAGCAAAUCUGCCCCCAGAAAACUCCUAUCUACAAUUUAUACACAAACAGUUCAGUUCCUGCUGGAAAACAAUGCCCCACAGAUGGCAGAGCAUGCUCUAUCGCAGGAACUUCUGUGCUCUGAAGGCGGCCGUAGUUUGUCCUACCUUGUUCUGUUGGCCAAGCUGCAGCUGCUCAAAGGUGACUACAGCAGUGCUGCUGACAGCCUCAAGGAAGCACUGUUGCUCACAAAUGAGGAUGCGGAUGUUUGGGCUCUCAAAGGUCACUGUCACUACCUGCAAGGUGCAUUCACUGAGGCAAUGGAGAGCUAUGAGUGGAGCCUCAACAUUAUCAAGAACCCGUCAGACUCUCACAUUGUUCUGCUGCGCCUGGGAUCCAUCUAUCUCCUGGAGGGGAAGUUCCAGCAGGCCAAAGUGACCUACCUGCAGGCUUGUGAGCAGUCACCAUCGUGCCUCACCUGGCUGGGUCUGGGCACCGCCUGUUACCACUUGCAGGAGCUUAAAGAAGCAGAGGAAGCUUUGACUGAGGCCAACCACUUGAACACAGAGAAUGCAGAAGUGUGGGCUUACCUGUCUCUGAUCUGCCUUAAGUCUGCCCGGCAACAGGAAGCUAAACUGUUUUAUAAAUAUGCAGUGAGGUUCAACUUGCAGAACGACUCGCUCCUUGAGGAGAUCCGUCAGCUGAUGAACCAGCUUCAUCUCAGUCAAGUGGACUCAUGCUUUGGAACAAACAUUAAAAUAGAUGUUUAAAGAGGACUUCUUUGGUAAUGUGGAAACGAACCAGAUCUCAAAGAACAGUUUAUUACAUUCAAGUUACACAGACAGCUCAGAAGUACAUUAAGACAUAAAGUUUAAAUGAAAACUUGGUCAUUAUCAAAUAUACAAAUAAACUGAGAGCAACACAAA